AUGUCUUUCAAACGGGAUGACAACCCAGCCUACCGGACCGAUUCCGACGAUGACAACAGCCCCACCAGGCCCGUCAUGAACGCAAAAGAUGAAUAUGAAUUUUACAUCCCAAGCCCAGAUCCUUCUACGGAAGAGGAGGAGAACAUAGAGAAGGCAGCUGCAUCCACCAACAGCAAACGUAAGUUCCAAGAUGCUUUCGGCUGUGAUGAGGAAUAUUUGGCAGACGUUUUGAGGAAUCUAAGCGAACGCAAGCAGCCAAAGACACCCACGGCCACAGCCAACACCCUCAACAGUCAGUUAGAGCAACCUACCUUUAGUCAACAGGUGGUCUCGGAGCCCAAGAAGAGUGCUUGGAAGAACUCCGCAGAAAGGAACCAUUCCAAAACCAAGAAGAAGCCGGUCAUUAUCCUCACCAAGAACACUAUUAAGCAGCAGCAAAAGAAGAACACCAAAAAGGAGAAGGAGAAGAGAAAGCCGAAGACGUCUUCAACCACCAAGAAAGCCCCCCCUGCUUCAACCAGAAAGCAGCGUACUGUGGCAGCAGCCACCUGGGAUUCUGAUACGGACUCUGACUCUGAUGUUGUUGUAUUGGAUCCUCCUCCUAAAUCCGCUAGCAAGCCAAAGCUGAAGCCAAAGACCAGCAGGUCUGCCACCAAGCCGAAGCCUAAGACAAAGACUGCUAAGACUCCUUCUCCGGAACCAAGUUUGGCUGAUCUUAAGAAAGCAGCGCAGGUGACUGCACGUGUAAAGGAGGCUCUUCUUGCCAAAGAUAGUAGUACGGACUCAUCGUCUGAUGAUUCCUCAGACGAAGAAGACCUUUUAAAAGUUGUCAUGGACAAUAACAAAAAUGGAGCCUCCAUUGCUCGUGAAAGACGUUUCUCAACUCAGGGAGGAGGCACCCUCAAUCCAGCUGCAAAGAACGUUGCUAUCCCCGGGACAGCUUUUAAGAAUAUAUUGUCCGCGCAAACUGGCACCAACUUGGAGCUUUCUCACGUGAGGAAGUCACUUGACAAAGUGACAAAAAAGAUUGAUACAACAAACACUAAGAUGAUGAGCGAUUUGGGCAACCAAAUCCAGCACACUAUUAAGCUUCUUUGUGCCCUUCCUACUGACACCUCUAACGAGCUUAUCAACAAGACGUCUCGCUCUUGGCGCGAUUUGGGAGAGCUUGUAAGAACUGCCACCUCCACUGUUGAAGUUCGAAUUGAUGGACUCGAAGCACGCAUUAUCUCUAAAAUGAAAGACACCACAACUGACUUGAAGCGACACACAACUCAGAAGUGCAAUGCCGUCAAUGAUGCAGGGGCAGGCGGUGGAUCAACUUCAACCUCCACCACUUCCUCCGGCUCCGGAUCUACUUGGGGUCGCACUUUGGCAACUGGCGAUUCUUUCAUUAGAGAUACUAAUGCAAGUUUCGAUGCACUUAAUGCCAUCGUGAACCACCUUGAUGGUCAGAUGGACCGAGUUCUUAGCUUGCUGCAAGACCUCCAGAAGAAGUGCCCCGAUCAUUCUGGUUCCAAGGGCACACCACCUCCCACUUCCAUUCAUGCCAGGACAGGCACCACCAGUGUCACAGAAACCUUGGGAGACGGUACUGGAACCUACACCAGAAACCAACGUAAUGAUCGCAGAAAUUCCACCAGCGGCAGCACUGGUGGAAGCCGCUAUGCCAAUAUUACAGUUAAUCAGUACUCUGCCCAGCAGAAACCCCCACCGAAGCCCACACCUCCCACUUUCAGUCAGGUGUCGGAAGCUGUUCCUUUUGGCUACCCUCAGCAGCGUUUGGCUGAGAAGAAGGCUUCUAUUCCUCCUAGAGGACAGUUCCCCGGAAUGGCUGAGAAGACCGCUCCCCUUUACCCCAACAACUCUACUGCUCCCAGCACACAAUUCAACCCAUAUAAGAAGACUGGAAAUCAAACAAAUAGUGAGCACGGCAACAAUGGUGCCACUGACAGUGGAAAUGGCCCUUUCGGUAAAGAGAACAGCCCCUCUAAUUACUCUAUGGAUGUUUAA